GGGCUGUAGGCGGUGGCAGAGACUUGAGCGGCCACUGAGUGAGACGCGGCCCCGCGGGGGUCGUGAAGAUCCGAGGCAGAGGGACCGCAGCAGAGUCAUGUCGGGACUGGGGCGUCGCUAAGGCCCGCCCUGCCGCGGGCCCCUCCGAGUCGCUCUGUCACGGUCCCCACUGCCUUGUCGCUCUCUGUGUGUGUGUGCGCGCGCGCCCCCGCCGGCCCGAUGUUCUCCGAUAACUCCCACUGCCCCGACUGCGGCCAGCAGUGGUUCCCGAGCCUCGAGCUGGGCCACUGGCUGUACCAGACGGAGCUGGUGGAGAACGAGUGUUACCAGGUCUUCCUCGACCGCAUUAACCGGGCCGACUACUGCCCCGAGUGCUACCCCGACAACCCCGCCAACCGCAGCCUGGUCCUCCCGUGGUCCUUCCCCCUGGAAUGGGCGCCCCAGAACCUCACCAGGUGGACCUUUGAGAAGGCCUGCCACCCCUUCCUGCUGGGGCCCCCCCUGGUGCGGAAACGCAUCCACGACUCCAGGCUGGCCGGGCUCAACCCCGCGCUGCAGCUGGUCUUGACCAGGACGGACAAAACCUUGAACAAAAAGUUGGGCCAGAGCAAAUGAGUCUGUGCGCGACCGGUCCCGGCCCCGGAGCCGUCUCGGGGCUGGGGGCAGCUGGGGAGACGGUUCCUGGCGGGAGGAAGGCCUGUCCGCGCACGUGCGGGGACUGUCCCCAUGUGGGUGGCACAGCU